GUUUAAGGGAGCUGAAGCACCAUGAGCCCAGCCAGGACCAUGCCGAUGUUCUUCACCUAUAAGCUGAUUUUCUUUCUGACCGUCAUCUCAACUGAGUUUCCAUAUUCAGCAGCAGCGGGCUCUACUCUGACUCUCACCUCCAACCAGACAGCCACCAACCACAGCAAAUGUGGUGGAAGCACCAACUGCAUAGAGGGCGUUAUCCUUCCUAUGUGGAAGCCAGAAAACCCAGCCUUCACUGACCGCCUCGCCAGAGCAACCAUAUACUUCGUGGGGUUAGCAUACAUGUUCUUAGGGGUCUCCAUUAUCGCCGAUCGCUUCAUGGCAUCCAUCGAAGUCAUCACCUCCCAGGAGAGACGGAUCACCAUCAAGAAACCAAACGGUGAGAAGAUCACGACGACUGUACGCAUCUGGAAUGAGACAGUGUCCAACCUGACCCUGAUGGCACUGGGUUCAUCCGCCCCAGAGAUCCUCCUCUCAGUGGUGGAGGUUUGUGGGCACAACUUCAAUGCCGGGGAGCUCGGUCCCAACACCAUCGUAGGAAGCGCCGCCUUCAACAUGUUCGUCAUCAUCGGGCUGUGUGUGUCUGUCAUUCCUGAAGGAGAGACCAGAAAAGUGAAGCACUUGCGCGUGUUCUUCAUCACCGCUGCCUGGAGCGUCUUUGCUUACACCUGGCUUUAUCUGAUCCUGGCUGUCUUUUCUCCAGGAGUUGUGGAAAUAUGGGAGGGGCUUCUCACGCUCUUCUUCUUCCCACUUUGCGUUGGAUUGGCGUACAUAGCGGAUCGCAGACUUCUUUUCUACAAAUACAUGUACAAGCGAUACAGGGCGGGGAAGCGGAAAGGAGUGAUCAUCGAAACGGAGGGAGAACCAGAACUUCCCUCAAAGGUUGACAUUGAAAUGGAUGGAAAAAUGCUCAACUCUCAUGGAGAGGAGUUCACAGAUGGAGAAGCAGGAUUUGAAGGGAAGGAGCUGGAUGAGGAGGAGGCCCGCAGGGAGGUGGCGAGGAUCCUGAAGGAGCUGAAACAGAAACAUCCAGAGAAAGAGAUGGAGCAGCUGAUGGAGCUUGCGAAUUACCAAGUUUUAACCCAGCAACAGAAGAGUCGAGCUUUCUACCGCUGCCAAGCGACCAGAAUCAUGACAGGAGCGGGUAACGUCCUGAAGAAGCACGCCGCUGACCAAGCCAAGAGAGCCACCCAUGAUAUCUUCUCUGAGGUGUCGGUGAACGACUUCUCUUCCAAAGUGAUCUUCGACCCUGGUACCUACCAGUGUUUGGAGAACUGCGGCAGCGUGGCACUGAAUGUGGUUCGACGUGGCGGAGACCUGACCAGCACGGUCUCCGUGGAUUACCGGACAGAAGACGGCACCGCCAACGCCGGCUCAGAUUAUCAGUUCACAGAAGGAACAGUUGUGUUCAAACCCGGUGAGACGGAAAAAGAAAUCCGCAUCGAUAUUAUUGAUGACGACAUCUUUGAAGAAGACGAGCACUUCCUGGUUCACCUAAGCAACGUCAGAGUCACAGCUGAGGGUUCGAACAGUCACGAGGCAAACCACAUGGACACCCUCGCAGGUCUGGGUUUGCCCUGCACGGCCACCGUUACCAUAUUUGAUGAUGACCACGCCGGGAUCUUUACGUUCGAGGAGCCAGUGAUGACCGUGAGCGAGAGCGUCGGGGUGAUGGAGGUCAAGGUGAUUCGGACCUCAGGAGCACGCGGCGUUGUGGUAGUGCCCUACAAAACGAUACAGGGGACCGCUAAAGGAGGCGGCGAGGACUUUGAGGAUACACACGGAGUUCUGGAGUUUGAGAACGAUGAGAUUUCGAAGAUCAUAGCCAUUAAAAUAAUCGAUCACGAGGAGUAUGAUAAGAAUGCCAGCUUCUACGUAGAGCUGCAGGAGCCGUACUGGAACAGGAGGAGAUGGACAGGUGGAUUCGUUAAGACAG